AGCAAGACGCACGAUGGAUCUGCUUAAUUCCACUGAGGGAACUUCAAACUUCUCAUCCUUUUCAGGACUUCAAACCCAUCCGGACGGGUCCUCCAACGUUCUGGUCCCUGUCGUGGUUUUGUCCCUCUGCUUCAUUACUGGAGUUCCUGGAAACAUCGCUGCAAUUGUUCUCAGGCCAAACUGGCAGCGUAUGUCUGGCCUGAGCCAGAGUUUACUGUUGAAUCUGGCCGUCUCUGACCUCCUUGGUUUGCUGACCAUUCCUAUGUGGAUUCAUGCUUUACUCUACGGCUGGCCGUCCGGCCUGGCGUCCUGUAAAGUUUUGGUGUAUUUUGGAUACAGCAGUGUUUAUGGCAGCAUGCUGACUGUAACCGGACUUAGCGUUCAGCGCUACCUGAUGGUCGUGCACCAGCAGAAAUAUCAACAGGUACGACCAAGACUAGUGUUGCUUCUGCUCUGGCUGGUUGCAUUGAUCCUGUCCAUUCCUAAUUUGGUGUUUCAGCAGCUGGUACCGGAUCAGCAGCGGGUAGACUGCCGAGCUCAGUAUGCUUCUGAUGCCCAGUGGUCGGCCAUGCUGAUGUCAGAGACGGUAACAUUAUUUGCUUCAUUUAGUAUUGUUGCAUUUUCAUACAUCCGCCUGAAGAGGAUGGUCACCCAGGCGACCUUUUUCAACAAUCCACAGACUUCCAAACUGAUUUCCAGCAUCAUUGUGAGCUUUUUUGUUUUGUGGACUCCGUAUCACGUGACAGCUGUGCUGGGUGUGGCAGCCAUAAGCCUCAAAAAUGAAAGGAUGUUAAAAUUGUACAAGUACACAUGGGACAUUGUUGCAGCAGUGACAUUUUUCAACAAAUGCCUGAAUCCAUUCCUCUACACCUUUACCUCUCAUCAUUAUUUAACCUUUUGCCACAAAAGGAAACCAAUUCAGCAGAAACGAAGAAUUCUCCAAACUCCGGACGACACCCCGACUGUAGGGUUGUAAUUUGUAAAGGAAUGAUAUGUUUUUUAAUAUUGUACUUGCAGCUUGUCUCUAAUAUUAUUAAUGAUUUAUAAACAUUUCUUUCUGUAUUAGCUUUUACAAAGAUCAUAGAAAAAUUGCAAACAUGCAACAUGAAUUCUAUAUUAUUAUUUAUUUGUCAGAUAAUUUUAUUUCAUUUUUGUGUGUCAUGCAGACACUUUCAGCUUGUUUGGCUUGUUUUAAACCUCGAACAUUACUUUUGUUUCUGAUUGUUCUUUUUUAAGAGUCUUCAACUAUCCCCAAACAACCCAACUGGUUACCAGCAUCAUUGUGGAUUCCUAGUCCGCCCUGCCAGACUCCUCUGUCUAAUUCUGCACAGAGAAAGAAUCAAACAGAGGAGGAGUCUGGCCAGGCUAGUAGAUUCCAUAUUUUACUA